AUCGCCUCCCUUCUAUUAAAGGACGCGAUAGAGCCGGUCCCUCCAACCGAAACGAAGAAGGGUGUCUACAGCCCGUACUUUGUUGUACCCAAGAAAGGCGGCGGCUUACGACCGAUCUUGGACCUGCGAGUUUUCAAUCGGACCUUGUCCAAACUCCCGUUCAAAAUGCUCACCCAGAAACAAAUUCUAUCUGGCAUCCGGCAUCUAGAUUGGUUCGCAGUGGUAGACCUGAAGGACGCGUACUUCCACGUCUCAAUUUGCCCUCGACAUCGACCCUUCCUACGGUUCGCAUUCGACGGCCAGGCGUAUCAGUACAAAGUCCUCCCCUUCGGCCUGCCUCUGUCCCCUCGCAUCUUCACAAAAGUCGCAGAGGCAGCUCUUGCCCCGCUCCGAGUAGCCGGCAUACGCAUACUCAAUUACCUCGAUGACUGGCUCAUACUGGCUCACUCUCGAGAGUUACUAUGCGCACACAGAGACCAGGUGCUCAGGCACCUCAGCCGUUUGGGGCUUCAGGUCAACCGGGAAAAGAGCAAGCUCUCCCCGGUCCAGAGCAUCUCUUUUCUCGGUCUGGAGUUAGACUCCGUACCCUUGCAGCAGGUGUCCCGAUGCGUUCUGGUCACAACCGACGCUUCCAAAUUGGGUUGGGGCGCCGUGUGCAACGGGCGCGCAGCCGCAGGCCGGUGGAACCGAGGCCCGCUGCACUGGCACAUCAACUGCCUAGAGCUGCUGGCUGUUUUUCUGGCCCUGCAGAAGUUUCUCCCGUUAACUCGGAACAAACACGUCCUAGUCAGGACAGACAGCACCACGGUCGUAGCCUACAUAAACCGCCAAGGCGGAGUACGCUCCCCCUACAUGUCACAGCUCGCCCGUCGUAUUCUCCUUUGGAGUCAGCAGCGACUGGAGUCACUGCGCGCCACUCACAUCCCCGGCAACCUCAAUGUGAUAGCGGACGCGCUGUCAAGACAAAGCUUGCCUGCCGGGGAGUGGAGGCUCCACCCCCAGUCGGUCCAGCUGAUUUGGGACUGGUUCGGCAAGGCUCAGGUAGACCUGUUUGCCUCCCAAGAAACCUCCCACUGCCCGCUCUGGUAUGCCCGGACAGAGGCUCCCCUCGGGGCAGAUGCGCUGGCACACAGCUGGCCUGCGGGGCUGCGCAAGUACGCAUUUCCCCCAGUGAGCCUUCUUGCACAGGUGCUUUGCAAGUUCAGGGAGGACGAGGAGCAAGUCAUUCUGGUAGCUCCCUAUUGGCCUACCCGGACUUGGUUUUCGGACCUCACGCUCCUCAUGACAGCCCCUCCCUGGCGAAUUCCCCUGAGGAAGGACCUUCUUUCUCAGGGACGGGGCACGCUCUGGCACCCGCACCCAGACCUCUGGAACCUCCACGUCUGG